UUAGACGGGGAAAAAACACUCCUUAUUCUGCAGCCAAAGGCGAUAAGGUGGGAGAAUUCAGCAGAACAACAGAACCCAAGAAAAAACCAGCGGGAAGGUAGGAGUAAGAAAUAGGGAGAUUGUACUACUGAAGCAGGGACAGGGAGGGCAAAAGGAAGAAAAUGGCUUGCAUUUCAAUGGCCACAAUGUUGUCUUGUAGAACCAAUUUUACUGUCCCUUCAGCUUCAUUAUCUAUUCUCACUGGUCCAAAAACAACUUCUCAUGGGUCUCUCAAAUUUGCAGCCAAGGCCAAGGCUGCCACUUCGCGUUCUUCUGGGCUGCUUCACUGCUCCUUUUUAGCCCCUUCCUCUUCACUCUCCUUUUCUUCCAACUCUGCCUUUUCAGGUUUGUCAUUGGGAUGGGACUUGCAUUCUAAUGGUGCAGCAAAGAUAGUGAAAAGGCGCGGUUUGGUUGUGCAGGCUAAAAAAUAUGCUCUUUGUCAAACAAAGAGGAAUAGGUCAAGGAAGUCUUUGGCUAGAACUCAUGGCUUUCGGAAGCGUAUGAGCACCACAAGUGGAAGAGCAAUUAUCAGGCGACGUCGUGCCAAGGGUCGAUGGGACCUCUGCCCAAAGUCCAAUCCAAGCAGUGGAAAACGUGCCUAAAUAUUGACUGUUCAAUCAAUUUUCUGUAGGUGCGGAAAAGUAAUGUCUACUAUUAGUGAUUUAUACUCAUGCUUCACCAUUUCAUGUGGGAAAUUGGUUUUGUACGAGAUAUAUGGUAUGUUUGUGCCAAUCAUUAAUUUCUGUUCUUGUCUGGUUAAUUGAAAUGCGAUUUCAAGGAAUGAGAAAGUAACAAGUAUGCUGCU